AUGCCACCACAAACUACGACGGCCCGCACCGUCAUAAAUUCCCUUCCGAGGGCUGUAUCACGGCAAUCCUCACGAUUAGUAUCAACAUGGCGCGUCGCGCAGCCCAACUCUCGGCCCAUCGCACCUCCCCCCUAUAAAUCUCAUUCACAGUCAUUCCAGCCAUUGGUGCAGCGCAGGUUCAAAUUCAGCACAGUGGAAGAGGCAAAAAGCAGGUAUCGCUCAGGGCCCUUCUCAUGGAAAGCCGGCCUUCUCUUCGUCCUCACUGGCUGUGGCUUGGUUUGGUACUUCAGGAGUGAGAAAGAGCGGAUGCAGCGAAAAAGGAUAGCCGAGUCUGCCAAGGGCGUUGGCAGGCCGAAGGUGGGCGGUCCGUUUGAACUGGUGGACCAGGAAGGCAACAAAGUGACGGAGCAGGACCUCAAAGGACGGUACUCUCUUGUCUACUUCGGCUUCACCCACUGUCCUGACAUCUGCCCCGAGGAGCUGGACAAGAUGGCAAGGAUGUUCGAUCUGGUCGAGGAACAGCGACCCGGCUGGCUAACACCCGUCUUUGUCACAUGCGACCCGGCACGCGACCCGCCAAAGGUGUUGAAGGAAUAUCUGGCCGAGUUUCACCCAAGCUUCCUGGGCUUGACAGGCACGUACGACCAGAUCAAAGCCAUGUGCAAGGCAUACCGCGUUUACUUCAGCACGCCGACCGAGGUGAAGCCGGGCCAGGACUAUUUGGUGGACCACAGCAUCUACUUUUAUCUGAUGGAUCCUGAUGGUGACUUUGUAGAGGCUCUAGGGAGGCAGCACUCGCCUGACCAGGGUGCCAAGGUCAUAUUAGACCAUAUGAAAGACUGGAGGGGCCAGCUAAGGACGAAGUGA